CCGCUGACCGUAUCGUAUGCUCAUUGAAAGGUAGCCAUGCUCAUAGUCGGGUUGACUGGUGGCAUAGCUACUGGCAAAAGCACUGUUUCAAGCAUUUUCAAGAGUCUUGGCUGUCCUGUAAUUGAUGCAGAUGAAAUAGCAAGAGAAGUUGUUAAACCCAACCAGAAGGCCUGGAAAGCCAUCAAGCGACACUUUGGCAAUGAAGUAUUUGAUGUGUCGGGUGAACUAAACCGUGAGAAACUCAGUCAGAUUAUAUUUACUGAUCCAGCAAAGAGAAAAGUUCUUAAUGAUUGUACACAUCCAUAUAUAUUCCGCACAAUCCUCUGGGAGCUUGUCUCAGCAUGUGUUAGAGGAGAACAGUUUGUUAUUCUAGACAUCCCAUUGUUAUAUAAAACUGGUGCUAUUUUGAGUGUCACCAAUCGUGUUAUCGUUGUUUAUUGUGAAGAAGCACAACAAAGAAAGCGAUUAAUAGAGAGAAGUAACUUGACUGAAGAUGAAGCAGAACAACGUAUUGAGGCACAGCUACCACUAGAAGAGAAAUGUAGACGGGCAACAUAUAUCAUUGACAAUUCUGGUACCAAGGAAGAAACAAACAAACAGGUCAAUAACCUAUACCUAGAGCUGAGAUCAUCCUAUGGAUAUCUGCGUCUUAGGUUGGCCUUAAUUCUUUGUGGUUUUGGACUGGCUGGAGCUCUGCUUUGGAUUGGGAAGUCUUUAAUGUACAAAUGAAGUCUUUAAUGUACAAAUGAAGUCUUUAAUGUACAAAUGAAGUCAGGCUGACAUUAAGAAAAGUUGCACAUGAGACUAUUUUCUAAUAGGAACUUUCAUAUUUUUUUUUUACCAAAACAGGUUCAAUAAAUUAAUAUUACAGCUUCAUUAUUCACAUAUUCACAAAGAAUAUUGCUAGACAGAGAAGAUUGUGCAAAACUAAUGCUAUUUGAAAAUUUUUUUUAGGGACUAUUAUAUUUACAAAUUGUGCUAACUAACAACAUUUGCUCACUCAAUGAAAAACAGAAGCUCUAAUCAAUCUUAUUGUAUGGAUUGAAUGGAUGGACAAGGGUAACCAUUUUCGACAUAGCAGAUGUUCGAUUGAAUGGUGAUAGGUUGACUGGAGUUGGUACUUGCAACGUUCUGAAAAAAUAGAUUGCAUAAUAAAUAUUAUUAGACUUA